AUGGACACCGUACAACACCCUUCGGCAACAUGGGAAGCAGUCUCAAAUGGCAUUGUAUUUUACAGGCGCCAACAGCUGUACACGCUACCUGGAAAGCUCCCGAACCUGUCUGACUACCUGAUUGCUGGGUGCAAGAAUGGUGGGCCGAUAGCUCUUAUGAGAGAUACCUCAAAGCUGGUUGCACUGGGUCGCGGAGGGCCUCCAUUUACCAAAUCUCAAAUCCAGGUGUACUCGCCGGCUGGGGAGGGCUUGCUGUUAUUCAGUUGGGAUCAGGGAAGAAUAGUGCGGUUCGGAUGGACUUUCGAUGAACGACUCGCGGUUUUGAACGAGGAGGGCGUGUAUCGUCUGUACGACCUGCAAGGCGACUACCAGCAGUUUUCGUUGGGAAACGAGGCGGCAGAGUUAGGUAUAAUUGAUGCUAGAAUACACGAGUAUGGGCUAGUCGCAUUGACAGGUUCAUUGACUCUCCUGGAGGUGAAAGAUUGGGAAGGUGGGAGGCCACUGGCGCUUGCAACCCCUGGGCUAUCUGAACCCCCUCAUGCAUGGGCUGUUAUCCCUCCGGAUCAAUCGAUAUCGAGACAUGUUGAGGUGCUGCUCUCAGUGGAUGCCACUAUCCUUGCUGUGGAUAACCUGGAAAGUGUGGACCAACGCAUAUCCCGUGGACCAUUUGUACAUGUCUCUCCUUCGCCCAACGGCAAAUUUCUUGCACUGUUGACUUUCUCCGGGCUCCUCUGGGUCGUUUCAUCGGACUUCCAACGUGAACUAGUCGUUCUCGACACAGUAACUGUAGGUGCUGAGGGGCCGGUUAAUCAAGUGGAAUGGUGCGGUAACGAUGCAGUCUUGGUUACCUGGAACAAUCUCGCAUCAGUUAUUCUGCCAUCACGAGAUAACCUAGCGGGAGAAACGCUGCGUUAUCUGUAUUUUGGUGGUAGCUUUGUCGUCACGGAGGCCGAUGGUGCCCGUAUCAUAGGGCAGGACGUUUGCGACUUCAUCCAGAAAGUGCCUACAUCUUCGGUAUCCAUAUUCCGUCCAGGCUCAACGUCGUCAUCCGCCAUCCUCUUUGCAGCUUGGGAAAGUUUCCUACAACGAUCGCCCAAAGCAGACGAGAGCAUACGAAGCAUCCGAUCAGACCUUGCUGCGGCUGUGAAUGAGUGUAUUGAUGCUGCGGGUCAUGAAUGGGAGCCUCAUUGGCAAAGAAAACUGCUUAGUGCAAGUAUCCUGCUUCAAAUUGGCCCUUCAGCCGCGAAAUUUGGAUGGGGAUUCCUAGAUCUUUAUAAUCCCACCGACUUUAUAGCUAUGGGUCAAGCAUUGAAGGUUCUGAAUGCUGUCCGUUUCUACGAGAUCGGAAUUCCUCUGACAUAUUCUGAGUAUCAAUAUGUAUCCCCGACGCACCUCAUAAAUCGUUUAACGUCUCGAAACCUGCACCUCCUCGCUAUCCGUGUUUCUUCCUUCCUUUCUCUUAAGCCUGAUGUUGUUCUCAAACAUUGGGCGAGUGUAAAGAUUGCACGAUCCAAGUCUUCGGCAGUGGACGGCGAAGAUGAUGAAGUGUGCAGACUCAUAGUCGACAAGUUUGAGAAGCUCGGGGGCGGAGAGGUGAGCUAUGCAGACAUUGCCCGGCGAGCAUGGGAGGUUGGAAGGACGGGAUUGGCCACUAAACUGCUGGACCACGAAACUAGGGCCUCGGAUCAGGUUCCAUUACUACUCACUAUGACAGAGGACAGACUAGCUCUAGUGAAAGCGGUUGAUAGCGGCGACACUGAUCUUGUGUAUCAUGUAUUACUACAUCUUCACAAGCGCCUUCCUUUAGGCUCUUUCUUCAAAUUGAUCGAGGAUGGAGGGGAACAGCUUGCACUGGCAAGCAAGCUUCUUCAGGUGUAUGCGCGGGAGCAAAAUCGAGAAAUGCUACGAGACUUUUACUACAGCGAUGAUAGAAGAGUGGAAAGUGCAACUCUGGCGCUCGACGAGGCAGCUCAAAUGACUGAUCCUCAUGCGGUGAUGAUAGCUGUGAACGCGGCAGAGAAGUUCUUUUCAGAAGACAAAGACCGUCCAUUCGAGGCCAAGAUGAUGAACGAAAGUGUUCGCCUGCUUGCACUCCAGCAGCAAUUUGAGAAGGACUCGGAUGGAAAAGUCAAGUUUUUCGGCCAAAGCGUCUCAGAGACGAUACGCACGUGUGUCUUGAAUGGCAUGAGCAAGAAAGCCGACCGCGUCAAAAGCGAGUUCAAAGUUCCAGACAAACGAUUUUGGUAUUUGAAGCUGCAUGCGCUUACAGCAAUGCGCGAUUUCGACGCACUAGACGCGUUUGCGCGUUCAAAACGGAGUCCUAUUGGCUACGAGGCAUUCGUAAGACAUCUUGUCGAAGCUGGUCACCUCAAAGAGGCGGCUUCGUACGUGAUGCGAUGCGAUGGCCCAAAGCGCGUGGAGCUUUAUGUGCUGUGCGGGGAUUGGCGUGCAGCGGGCAGAGAGUGCAGGGAACGCGGUGACAAGAAAGAAAUGGAACAACUCAGGAAGUCGUGUCCUAAUUCCCUUAUAGCAAGAGAGUUGGAUCAGCUUGCGGCAUCGAUGAAGUGA